GUCCACAGAGGGAGCGUGCGCAACAUCAGAGUGAAGAUGGCGGAGGGUGAAUUAAACGUGGAUAGCCUCAUUUCUCGGCUCCUGGAAGUGCGAGGAUGUCGUCCAGGGAAGAUAGUUCAGAUGACAGAGGCUGAGGUCCGGGGCCUCUGCAUCAAAUCCAGGGAGAUCUUCCUCAGCCAGCCCAUCCUGCUGGAGCUGGAGGCACCCCUCAAGAUUUGUGGUGAUAUCCACGGGCAGUACACCGAUCUUCUGAGGCUGUUCGAGUAUGGCGGCUUCCCUCCAGAGGCAAACUACCUGUUCCUGGGUGAUUACGUGGACAGAGGGAAGCAGUCUCUGGAAACCAUCUGCCUUCUGCUGGCCUACAAGAUCAAGUACCCGGAGAACUUUUUCCUGCUCAGAGGCAACCACGAGUGUGCCUCAAUCAACCGCAUUUAUGGCUUUUAUGAUGAGUGCAAGCGGAGGUUCAACAUUAAAUUAUGGAAGACAUUCACAGACUGCUUCAACUGCCUCCCCAUUGCUGCAAUUAUUGAUGAGAAGAUCUUCUGCUGCCAUGGAGGGCUUUCUCCUGACUUACAGUCCAUGGAGCAGAUCCGCAGGAUCAUGAGGCCAACAGACGUCCCAGAUACAGGUCUGCUGUGCGACCUGCUGUGGUCAGAUCCUGAUAAGGAUGUGCAAGGCUGGGGGGAGAACGACCGUGGGGUCUCCUUCACGUUUGGGGCGGAUGUGGUCAGCAAGUUCCUAAACCGGCAUGACCUGGACCUGAUCUGCAGAGCCCACCAGGUUGUGGAGGACGGAUACGAGUUCUUUGCCAAACGCCAACUGGUCACGCUUUUCUCUGCUCCAAACUACUGCGGGGAGUUUGAUAAUGCAGGCGGCAUGAUGAGUGUCGAUGAAUCCCUCAUGUGCUCCUUCCAGAUCCUGAAGCCCUCGGAGAAAAAGGCCAAGUACCAGUAUGGUGGUGUCAACUCUGGUCGGCCUGUCACCCCACCCCGCACCACCCAAGCCCCCAAAAAGAGGUGAACUGGCAGCUGCAGCACCCCGCCCCCCCAUUUUGUUCAUUCCUGGUUUGCCGUCAUGGCAGCCCCUGUAACGCCCCCUGAAGAGACGAGGCUAAUCAGAAACACCUUUCUUAAUGUGUAUGUGUACAUAAGCUCGACGUGUCAAUCUGUUUAUUUAUUUUGACUUUUUAAUUUGCCUGUGUUCAGAUUUAUUUUCUAACAAUCAUUUUGGUGGUUUUCCUUCCAGUGCUAUCGAAGGUUUUCUGAAGUGUUGUGUAAAGAAAAGCCUUCUGUGUCGUGGGGGCAAUGUGACCAAGUUACAGAAAACCUUUUUAUUUUCUUGUCUCUGUAAUAAACAAAAAUUCAACUUUAUUUUGACUUCUCAAAAAAAAAAAAAGAAGAUAUUUCAUGUUUGUCUCAUUUUGAUAAUAUAGUUUAGUGCAGAGCUGAAUUCACAGAUUAAAAACAACUCCCACUUUCAACAGAUUACAGCAUGCGCCGUGCACUUGGUGAUUUUUGUGCACAAGUGUAUUCCGAUUAAAGUGCACGUCCUGGUUUGUAACAGAUUGAACGUGUUCAGACGCGGUGAACACAACACGCUCCGAGCAUCGAUUUCUCCUCUAACUCCACUCCCACACUGAAACUGCUGCUGGCGACCUUUUCUCUCACUGGGAACGUUUCUCUGGUUGAACCUUUUUGUAAUAAAGCGACGAGUAACGGUUUUGAUUACGCUGAUCUGACGCCACGCUUCAGCAGCACAAAAAAAGAGCCUCGUAAAACUGCUAAUAUCUAAAGUGUUUGUUGUGAUAUGAUGCUUUUAGAAAUAACCACCAUGUUCCCCUCUCGCCUCCCAGUCCGUUGAGGUACAGUGUGUGAAAACCAGCAGAGGAGGGAGUGGGUGGAAGACCCCGUUUUAGCUUCUCUGUGACUAUUCCACCACCCAGUGUACACAUGCAGCGCUGCCGUAAAAAAACAGGGUACGCCACAUUUUAUUGAUCCUUUCUCAUAAAUCAGGACGAAGUUUUCAUUACUUACCAGAAUAAAAUGUGUCCUUUACUGUUCUGCUCACCCAAGGUUGCAGUCAUUCUGGUUGGUGUGCGCUUCAGUCUCUGCUGCUCUUUUAUAGUGAAGACGUUUUCUAUUCUCCAUCCUUAUUUUUGUUGUUGCAUUCUUUAUUAUCAGUUUAUGUUAAUUAGCUUAAUUAAUAAUCUUGAUGACAAGAAACAGGAUGUUACUAAAAGCUGUUUAGCAGGUUGUACAAGUUUGUUUUGAAGUCAAUAAAAUGAAUAAAACACAAA